UUCACCCAAGUCGAGGCGACAUCUGUCAUUUCCAGAGUCUAUAGAGAUUUCGUCUGUGGCGGUUUUUUUUUUUCCCUUUAAAAAGAAAAAAAAUUUUUUUUUUUCGCAAGAAACGAACAGUGGGACUCGUGGAAGCUCUGUUCGCGUGAUGCGUGGAACGCAACAGAGAGGAAAUGGCGAGAUCUCAUCGUUUCCCUUCCGCUAUUCAAAUGGUGCUUAGUCUAUUCAUCGUAACAGGAAACCCUAGCCUUUCUCUGUAGCAAUUUUUUGGCGGUGAUCCUCCUUUACGCGGGAGAUGGCGGACUCUGCGAAGGUGUCGUAUAUAGUGGUGGUGGACGGAGGGAAGGAUGAGGAGAGGGAAACGUCGUCUUUCCGGUACACGCGUCCCGUUUUGCAGAGCACUCUCCAACUCAUGGGCUGCAAAGCGAGGCAUGCUUUCAAGAUUAGUCAAAGGGUUUUUGAGUUGAUUAAAAGCGAAUCUUCUUGCAACACUCAACCUCAAGAAUAUAAAGAGACAAUAGGUUCUGAUGUUUUGAGAGGAAACUCUGAGAAGGAAGAUGGUUAUUUUGCUGGUGCAAACUCACAUAUGGGCAACCAUUUGGUUUCAGAGAAAGAUGACAAAAGUAAGAAUAUACCGUCUGAGUUGAACAAAAGACGCACGACUGUAGUUGUCAAAAGAGAAGCCUUUUUAGAUGUUGUAUGUGAUGCACUGGCUGAAUAUAAGUAUAUCGGUCAUAACCAAAGGGCAGACUUGAUUUUGGCAUGCAGAAUCCGAGAGAGGAAAGAAUCUGUAACUGUGCUGCUGUGCGGUACCAGUGGCUGUGGCAAAUCUACAUUAUCUGCUUUGCUGGGUAGCAGGUUGGGAAUUACGACUGUGAUAUCAACUGACUCUAUCCGGCACAUGAUGAGGAGUUUUGUGGAUGAGAAGGAAAAUCCUCUUCUUUGGUCCUCUACCUAUCAUGCAGGGGAGUGUUUGGAUCCUGUAGCAGUUGCUGAAGCCAAGAGUAAAAGAAAAGCCAAAAAAUUGGCAGGGAUUGCAAAAUUACUUCCUAAGGGUGAAGUUGCUGGUGGUUCUGAAUCUGGGAAUCCUGAUGCCCAAGCAGCAGAGAAUGGUUCUAGUAACAGUGAACUGAUUAGUCCUAAACAGAUGGCUAUUGAAGGAUUCAAGGCACAAAGUGAGAUGGUUAUUGACAGUCUUGACAGGCUGAUUACAUCAUGGGAAGAGAGGAAAGAGUCAGUAGUUGUUGAGGGUGUUCACUUAAGCCUUAAUUUUGUUAUGGGGCUUAUGAAGAAACAUCCUUCAAUUAUACCAUUUAUGAUAUACAUAACAAAUGAAGACAAACACCUAGAGCGGUUUGCAGUUCGUGCAAAGUACAUGACACUGGACCCUGCCAAAAAUAAAUAUGUGAAGUAUAUAAAAAACAUCAGAACUAUACAAGAAUAUCUCUGCAAACGUGCAGAUAAGCAUUUGGUCCCGAAGAUAAACAAUACAAAUGUUGACAAGAGUGUGGCAGCCAUUCAUGCUACAGUUUUUAGUUGCCUUCGUAGGCGUGACGCUGGAGAACAGCUUUAUGAUCCUACAACAAAUACAGUUGGUUUGGUUGAUGAGGAGUACAGGAACCAGUGUGUUGCCAAUUCAUUGAGCUCAAAGGGAAUGUUUCAGCUGAUCCAGAGGAAAGGUUCUUCUAGGCAUCUGAUGGCUCUUCUUAAUACUGAUGGAACUGUAGCAAAAGCUUGGCCAGUUGAUUCACAAUAUAUUAAUGGACGUCCUAUCUUGAGCAAUGGGACUGAGGGUGGAAAAGGUAAUCCUAUGUAUGGACCUUUGAAGAUUGGCAAGGCAGAACCCGUUAAUCUUCCAUUUGGUCUAUUUGGAAUUAGUGCCUGGCCUAGUGAUGGUGGCACUAGUCAUGCUGGAAGUGUUGAUGAAUCAAGGGGUGAGGGGACGACUGAUACUGGCAGCAGAUAUUACUCUUCUUGCUGCAGCUCACCAAGAACAUCUGAGGGGCAUGCAAAGGAGCUUAAGGAGGAACAGUCAGUCCAUGGCAGUGAUGAAGAAGUUGAUGAUCAACCUGAUGUAGAGAGUGAUGAGGAUCUCAGUGAUGACAAUGAUAAACUUCUUGAUGAAGAGAUUGGCUCAGUUGAUGAAGAGUCUACAAAGUCAGAUGAAGAGUAUGAUGAUCUGGCAAUGCUGGACGUUGAGGAGAAUGGCUAUUGGACGGAAGACGACGAAGAGGCUCGGGAUAAGGUGGUGCCAGUUUCUGGGGACGAAACAACCCUUAUGAAAGGGGAUAAAUAUAACCGUAAUUUAGACAUCUUCCUGAAAACCAGAAGUGAGAAAUUGCCAGAACUGCUACGCUCUUACUCUACGCUGCUUAGGGAAAAGAAAGAGAGGAGGUUGCCACCUCUUGGCAAUGCUAAAAUAAGAAAACGCUCCCUCAGCAUUCCAGCCAUGGGGAAGCAUGACAUGGUUAUCAACGAUCAUGGGACAGUGAUCAACGAUCCAAUUCUUUCUGGAGCUCCUCAGAGGUAGCCAUUAGUCAAACAAUUUUGUUUUUCCUACUCUUUUCUGCUUUUCUCUCUGUGUGGCUAUGGAAUUAGAGGUUGCAUCCUUUAUCCCUUCCCUCUACUUCCUCCGUAUAGAGUUGUUAUUCCGGUCACUUGACCAGCAGAGAUUUCUUAAUUUAUAAUGUGAUUUUUAUUUUA